AUGAUCACCCUAGCCGUGUUCUUCGUGCUGUUCGUCGCGCUGUACUUGUACGGUACACGAACCUUCAAGUAUUGGGAAAAGAGAGGCAUCAAACAUGACAAGCCCGUGCCGUUCGUCGGCAACAAUGCCCGACUGUACCUUAUGAAGAAAAGUAUAACCGAAUUAGGCGUCGAACAAUACUGGAAGCAUCCGAAAGAGAAGGUGGUAGGUUUCUACCGAGCGAUGCGCCCAGAACUCGUGGUAAGAGAUCCAGAAAUUAUUAAGCGCAUUCUAUCCCCAGACUUUAAAUCUUUCCACAUGAGAGGCGUCACUACUCACAGAAAGGUGGUCGAGCCUUUGUUCAAGAAUCUCUUUCUUGCGGACGGCGACCUUUGGAAACUGCUGAGGCAGCGUAUGACCCCCGCAUUCACAAGCGGAAAAUUGAAGGCGAUCUUUCCCUUUAUCGUGGAACGUGCCGAGCACAUGAAGGAACACGCCAUCAAUGCGCCGCCGACAGGCCGUGUGCUGGAUGCCCGCGAAGUAUUUGCGCGCUUCACCACCGACAUUAUCGGAUCUUACGGUUUCGGUCUCGACAUGGAUUCUCUCAGCGUCGAAGAUUCCUUUUUCAGAAAAUUGGGCGCCGACGUUUUUAAGUUUACUAAAACUCAAGUUAUGAUUCAAUCACUCAAGGAAAUGUUUCCAGAAAUGUGCAAGCAUUUGAGAAUCUUUGGCAAAAUAGAAAAGGACACCAAGACGUUCGUCGAUAACGUCCUACAAAAGAGAAAUUAUGAACCAAUUGGUAGAAACGACUUCCUCGAUCUAUUUCUUGAGUUUAAGAAAAAAGGUGCAAUGGUUGGACAAUCUAUUGAAAAGUUUAAGUUAGACGGCGCCCCAGAAGAAGUAUCUAUGGAACUUACCUACGACAUCCUGACUGCUCAGAUAUUGUUGUUCUUUGCCGCUGGUUUCGAAACGUCUUCUUCCUCCGCCAGCAUCACGAUGCACCAUCUCGCCUACAAUCCUGAAGAACAGCGGAAAGUGCAAGAAGAUAUUGAUAGAGUUUUAGCGAAAUACGACAACAAGCUAUGCUACGAUGCAGUGAAUGAAAUGACAUAUUUACAUUGUGCGUUUAAGGAAGGUCUUCGAAUUUUCCCAUCGUUGGGUCACCUGGUGAGACAAUGCACUCAGAAAUAUACAUUUCCAGAGUUGAAUCUAACGAUAGACGAAGGAGUGUCGAUAUUGAUCCCCGUGCAAGCGCUUCACAUGGACCCGCAAUACUUUGACGAGCCUCAGAAGUUCCGCCCGGAACGAUUUUUAACCGAAUUUGAAAAUCCGUUGACAAAAAAUAUCUAUUUGCCAUUUGGAGAAGGUCCUCGGGCUUGUAUUGGUGAGAGAUUGGGUCGUAUGCAGGCUGUGGCAGGCCUGGCCGCCGUGCUGUCGAAGUACUCCGUGGAACCCGCGGCCGAGACGAUUCGCCAGCCCCUCGUAGACCCGACUUCCAACAUAGUGCAAAGUGUCCAAAAUGGUGUGCCUUUGAUGUUCAAACUGAGGGUCAAAUAAACAUUGUAACGGCUUAUUUUGUUGUU